CAGCUGAUUGUACUUCUCUGUUAUAUCAGAGAUAGGAACGUGAGUACGGAGAUUCAUUUUGCGGGAAUUGGUGAAUAAAAACCACGCGUGUUCCACUAAAGUGGACAACCAUGCAAAACUGCAGGCGCUGCAUCAGCCUAACGGGCCUUUUGCGGAUGACACUCUACCUGCGUCCGUCCUUUUCAAUUGAUUUGUCCCUGCGCCGACUGCAUCGUGCGGCCUUUUUAUUUUCUCGAAAAAAACCGGAGACGAACUUGUCCACGUUGUUCAAGCCAGUACAGGUGCACGCUUAUGUGGAUUCAGAGGACGUAGGUUCCGAGCUGUCGGGCAAACUGGAAAAGGCUGAGCUGCUGAAGAUUCUUAAUAAGUUCACCCAACGUCGCGAAAUCAAGUCACUAUGCAACGAAAACGGACUGGACGACUACCUACAGCAACAGGCCUUUGGCUCAUUCCGAAGAUUUUGCAUCGAGGCAGAAAACCUUCCAGUAGAUCUGCACAUAACCUUUAGCGAUAUAACACAGGGAGCGGGUCAUAUCGAUGACAUCUUCCCGUACUUCCUACGACACGCAAAGACAGUAUUCCCGCACCUGGACUGCAUGGACGACCUGAAAAAGAUUUCCGACCUGAGGCAGCCUGCCAACUGGUAUAGCAACGCUCGCGCCAUCACCCGAAAGAUUGUUUUUCAUGCCGGACCCACAAACUCCGGUAAGACUUACCAUGCCAUGGAGAGAUACCUGAGUGCGAAGACUGGGGUCUAUUGCGGGCCACUAAAGCUUCUAGCCACUGAGGUGUACAACAAGGCCAAUGAACGUGGCACUCCCUGCGAUCUGGUCACAGGCGAGGAGCGCAAAUUCGGCAUCAGCGAAAGUUUGCCAGCCAAUCACGUCGCGUGCACUGUGGAAAUGACCUCGGUGAAUACUCCAUAUGAGGUGGCUGUAAUCGAUGAAAUACAACAGAUCCGCGACCCCCAGCGGGGAUGGGCUUGGACGCGUGCCUUCCUUGGACUGAUCGCGGAUGAAGUGCAUGUUUGUGGUGAGCCAGGCGCAUUGGACCUCCUGCAAAAAAUUUGCGAAACCACUGGCGAAACUGUUGAAGUACGGCUGUACGAUCGGCUUACGGAGCUGACUGUCGAAAAUACCGCUUUAGGAUCAUUGGACAAUAUAGUUCCUGGCGACUGCAUUGUGUGCUUCAGCAAACAUGAUAUUUAUACGGUUUCACGAGAAAUCGAAGCACGAGGGAAGGAGGUAGCUGUGAUAUAUGGGGGCCUACCCCCAGGUACCAAGCUAGCCCAGGCUGCUAAGUUUAAUGAUCCCGCCAAUAGCUGCAAGGUAAUGGUGGCGACUGACGCCAUCGGUAUGGGCUUGAACCUGAGCAUUCGUCGAAUCAUAUUUUACUCACUGAUCAAGCCGUCGAUGAAUGAGCGAGGCGAGCGCGAAAUCGACACAAUAUCGGUUUCGUCCGCACUUCAGAUUGCGGGAAGAGCGGGCCGGUUCCGAACUCAGUGGGAGCACGGAUAUGUAACUGCCUUCAAGUCCGAGGAUUUGCAAACCCUACAGCGGAUAUUGGCUCGGACACCUGAGCCGAUAAAGCAGGCGGGCUUGCAUCCUACGGCCGAUCAGAUUGAGCUUUACGCCUACCACCUGCCAAGCUCGUCUUUGAGCAACCUAAUGGACAUAUUCGUGAAUCUGUGCACUGUCGAUGAUUCUCUAUACUUUAUGUGCAACAUUGAAGACUUUAAGUUCUUAGCCGAAAUGAUACAACAUGUUGCUCUGCCUUUGCGGGCUCGCUAUGUAUUCUGCUGUGCACCUAUUAAUCGAAAGAUGCCCUUUGUUUGCUCAAUGUUCCUUAAGGUAGCACGGCAAUACAGCCGCAACGAGCCUAUUACCUUUGAUUUUAUAAAAAAAAACUGUGGCUGGCCAUUCAAGCUACCCAAGACGAUAUUGGACCUGGUCCAUCUUGAGGCCGUCUUUGACGUGAUGGAUCUGUAUCUUUGGCUAAGCUAUCGGUUCAUGGAUCUCUUCCCUGAAGCGGCCUACGUGCGAGAUGCCCAGAAGGAACUGGACGAAAUUAUACAGCAGGGCGUUUUUCAAAUAACUCGCUUGCUUAAAAAUACCGAGGCGAGUCAGGACGGAGAAACAUCAAACUAUGCAAUCCGCCGAAUAACGCACGUGAAGGAGCCUCGUCUACCCAGCUUGUCGCGUGGCCGUCUCACCGAAAGGUUACUUGCACAGGGUCUUCUUACCCCAGGCAUGCUUAGCGAGCUACGCAAGGAAUGGGACGCCCAGCAACUUGGCAAAUCCAAUUCGCAAUCUAAUGAAAAUUCGGAACCAGUGGUGAAUAGUGACGACGAGGAUAAUUACUCAGGGAUCGGGCGAAAGACAAGGAAAAAACGCAGAAAAUGAACGUGCCAGCUCAGGAUUAGUUAGAAUACGAAAUAAGUAGGUAAGAAAUGGAUUUUUAUAUAAUAUACUUUUAUUUUAAGUGGCAAUUAAGUUAUAUUAAAAUUAUUUAGUUGAUAAUUAACAAUGGCAAUUUAAUUGUUUAAAUUUAAAAGUUUUAUUAUGUUAUCUCUGUCAGAAAAAGAAAAUGAAUUUGUUUUUUUUUUUUUUUUUGCAAUUUAUGGAGGGACGCAGAGUCUGAACAAAGACACUAGAAUUAUUAGACACUAGAGUUAUUCUAGUGUCUUUGGUCUGAAACACUUGACAAAAAUGAACUUUGUGUCAAGGCUAACAGCCGUUGCACUGUUGAAUUUAGAAAUAUGUAAUACCGACAUUAACGAUUUCGAUUAGUUAGUUAAAUUUAUCCUCGCUGUCCUUCCCAAAUGAAGUUAUAGACUUAGCUUAUAUAUGGCCUUUGCAGUAAUAAGGAGCACCAAUUCAUUCGAAUUGCGGUUAUAAAAUAUUCGACACUUAAAACAUACAGAUUUUUAAAAGAUAUAAAUACUCUGAAUAUGAUUCAACAUACAAAUUAAUAUUACGCUGGAUGCGCAUGGCAACACCUUAAUAGUUUUGCUUUUUUAGGUUUCGAUUUAAUUUGAGUUUAAAAAACAAUUUCUUUAAAUAUUUAUUAAAGCUUUAAGGUUUCUCUUUUUAUAAGUUUAACUUAUAUCAUUCUUGCGCUCUAAUGCAAAACCAAAGUACUUUCAUUUCAUUGACCAUUGCAAAAUCCAGCCACAACGACCGUCAACGAUAGUCAGAUACUUUAGCGGAGCAGCUAAAUACAUAUGUGCUCUUUAGUCCGAUCCCUAAAUCGAAAUAAAGCUCUAAUAAAAUCCAUCUUCUCGCCUGGCACGCGAAUCGGCAUGCUUGCAUUCACAGAUGUCCUAGUAUUUUUACCAACAUUUUUUCCAACUUAUCUUCGAAUGUAGAAUAUGUAUUUGUGCGUUCGAAUUCUAAGGUACCGAUACUUUUGUAUUUCUUUGAAUAUCAAAACUGGAACAUGCGCAUGGCUCUUGAUCAAAAAACCAAGAGUUACCUAUGUACGUAGGUUUGUUAAGGUAUGUAAGUUGCAGGUUUGAUGUAUUGUAUGUACGUAUGCAUUGGCUACAAUUGUUCCU